AAAAAGGGUCUCUGGCAGGAGCUGCGGUGCGUUGAGGCUGCGCUGGAGCGUACGAUGCUCUUGCUAACCUUGUGACUUCACCUCUGUUUGAAACAAGACCAUGGAUGGUGGCAAGCAGUUAAAGGUCACCCUUGUUUUCAGCCUUCCUCUAAUUUUUCAGUUCUGCACCGGGAACAAUGUCACCGAUGACUACGACUCCAACACCACCAUUGACUACACCAUGUUCGAGACCCUGUGCGAGAAAGAAGAAGUCCGUAACUUCCGUGCUGCCUUCCUCCCAGCCAUGUACUCCCUCAUCUGCUUCACAGGGCUGCUGGGGAACGGGCUGGUGAUGCUCACCUACAUCUACUUCAAGAGGCUCAAGACCAUGACGGACAUCUAUUUGCUGAACCUGGCUCUGGCAGACAUUCUUUUCCUGCUGACCCUCCCCUUUUGGGCCACAAGUGCAGCCAUGCACUGGCUUUUUGGGGAGUUUGCCUGCAAAGCCGUCUAUUGCAUCUGCAAAAUGAGUUUCUUCAGCGGGAUGCUGCUCCUCCUGUCCAUCAGCAUCGACAGGUACUUUGCCAUCGUUCAGGCUGCCUCAGCCCACCGCUUUCGUCCCCGCAUGAUAUUCAUUAGCAAGGUCACAUGCAUCCUCAUUUGGCUCCUGGCCUUCAUCCUCUCAAUCCCUGAGCUGGUUCACAGCGGUGUAAAUAACUCAGACAACCAUCCCCGUUGUUCCAUCAUCGCUAAUGACUUGCAGACCUUCAACACUGGCAUCAAAGUGUCCCAGAUGGUUUUUGGCUUCUUAUUUCCCCUAAUCGUCAUGUCCGUCUGCUACCUCAUCAUCAUCAAAACAUUACUCCAGGCCCGCAACUUCGAGAAGAAUAAAGCCAUCAAGGUCAUCAUCGCUGUGGUAAUUGUCUUUGUUGUCUUCCAGCUGCCCUACAAUGGUGUCAUGCUGGCCAAGACCAUCUCAGCCUUCAACCACACCAGCUCGUGUGAGGAGAGCAAGCAGCUUGACAUGGCGGAUGACGUGACCUACACUCUGGCCUGCUUCCGAUGCUGCCUCAAUCCUUUCCUCUACGCCUUCAUCGGCGUCAAAUUCCGCAACGACCUCUUCAAGCUUCUGAAGGAGCUGGGCUGCCUGAGCCAGGAGCGCCUCUGGCAGCUGUCCACCUGCCGCGAGAGCAAGAGGUUUUCCUUUGCCAUGGAGACAGAGACAACUACCACCUUCUCCCCAUGAGCCGAGCUCCAGGCAGACUUUGACCGAGCUGGAACUGUUUUGUACACUUCCUCUAUUCUGAAUUACUGGUAGAGCGAGACCUGCCACUACUGUAGGAAAGGCAGCUGUAAGAGGAAAACCCAGGAGCCUCCCCAUAUUUCAGGCAACGAGCACUGCUAGCCAACACUCUCGUGGAUGGAGAGACUUCAAUAAAGCUGUGACUAAUAGCAAAGUAAGGGAGAGGGAGACCGGUGAGUCUAGAACAUCUCAUGUCAUUUCACCUUUAUUUUAGUCUUUCCUAGUCAAAAUGAGUAAUGCUCAAAAUAGAACAUUUUCCCUAAAAGCAACAAAUACCAAGACAAACAGACAUUUGUGCAACAGACUUGCUUGUUUUAGAGCUGAACUUCCAAGAGCAUCAUCCUUGCUUUGAAUGUUGCUUUUACCAAGACUACCUAUUGUUCUCCCGCACCUACAAAAAUUAUGCCCAUUGCACUGAUUCAGUCUUCAGGACGAAACAGCACCAGCAGCCUCAGGCUCCAAGCUUAAUCCAAUAUAAUACAAAUUAACAGAAGCUGUGAAGUAUGCUAGUACACAACUCUCUGCUCUGCCUUCCCCCACAAAAAGUCAGAAAUUUCCCUAAGUAAUACUAAAUCCAUACAUAUAAUAUACAUAAUUUCAAUAACUUUGUAUAUCAUUGUGGCAACUCAUAUGUUUGUUAGGAAAAGUACAAAUUCUACUUCACUUCUGCCUGUAUCUGGUGUUUCACCUAUAAAGAAGGAGCAUCCCAAGGACUGCAAGUUAUUCCGUCCCAACGUUGACUUGAAUUCUUUAGAAAUGCUGCUCCACUCCAGAAAUAAAGUCUCGUUUAGCUUCUAAAAGGGCAUGUGCCUGCACAAGGCUGAUGCAGGGUUAGCUAGCACAGUUUAGAGUCAAACUUUUUGCAGAAAGACAAGUUAGUUACAAGUUCCAAAUAACUGAUGUCUCUCCAAUCACCAAACAUACAAACUUGAACUAAGAAACAGACACUUCUGCACCAAUUCAGCCAGGUGCUUAAAAUACAUUUUUAUCACUCAGCCAUCCAGCCUGGCCCAAUGUCAUCCUUACUCCUGACAUGCUGAGGAACUGUUUUACUCACUCACUUGAUAUAAAGCACGUGUUUUAGUGGACUGGUGCCAGAAUCCUCAGAAUUUUAAAGAUUCAAGCCCAGGGCAAAUCCAUAUGCAUUUCUUAAGGCAAAACACCCGUGGUCCAACCACUUCAGUCCACCAGUAUCUGAAGCUUGCUCAUACCUAGCUUUAUUGGCUGCUGCAGACACAGUCUGCUGAUUUUCACAUACACGUGGGGGCCUUCUGUGCUAUUGCUUGCCAACCUCAAGAGAUAAACAAGAAUGUGGGUUUUCUUCUCCCUUCUCGAUCAACAUGUCUUUCUAGAAGGACUUCAGCAGCUGGCUUUUAAGUCAGAUAUGUAUUUCACUUAUAAGCUAUUGAAAAUGUGUUUUGCAUUCAUACUGUCAGUGCUAAUAAAGAUGCCAUUCACUGUGGUUUGAUUUAAAUGCAAAGGACAGUCACGUGCUGAAGAUUACUGCCAGGGUCACGUACUUGAAAGGAACAUGGCAGCUGAACAACAGAUUAUUGUCAUGUAAAAUAAGACCUUGAAAAGAAGCCCAGAAUGUAAUGCCAGUUGGUGCAUUUACUAGAAGAGAGAAGAUUCCUACCGACAGAUGAAUACCCUGGGAACUGCCGUCCUCGGACAUCUGAACAUCAACUGGGGAAGAGCUCCUGCAAUUGUUUGUGCAUCUGUUACUGACUUGCGUGCUCUAAUCCCCAUAGCGCGCAGCUCUCCCCAGAGCCAGACGUCAAUGGCAAAAGGUCUUGGCCAGGUACUGCUCUUGGUGCUGGGCAGGAGCAGGCUAACUCAGCAGAGGUACAUAGCCUCACCCUCCAGAGCAGCAGCUGAACAGCUUUGUGGAAACUGUAAGGCAUGUUCCAGUGGACAUUGAGAGCCAGGCAGAGCAAAAGACACUUACUAAAAAGCCAUUUAUACUCUUUUCAAUACCACACGUGGAUCCAUUAGGAGUGAUACAGGGAACUCUCUGGAUCAUAGGUCAAAAAACAUUGCUUCAGAGACAUGAGAAUUAAAAUCAACCUUUUAAGGAAAGAAUUCCAUUAGAUGGUUUUGAGACAGUGUUGCCAGUUAUAUAGCUGGCUGCUAUCAUAAUGAAAUAAAUUCUUCUUCAUAAACCACGUGGCUCUGGGGUAUGGGAUUUUGUCGAGAGCUGGGAUUCAGGAAGAAAGCACAUUCUGCUCCGCAUUACCUGUCUAUGCUGAAGUACAAUCCCAUCCAACCGUUUAACGCAUUUUCUUUUAUAAUGCCCGUGUAACAUGUACAGAAGUGCUGCUUCUGUUAUAUGAAAUGGGGGGUUACAACUGACACUGAAGAGUUAUUUGUUCUUGGUUUGUUCCUAUAGUCCUUACUCGGGAAAGACACUCAGCUAACGAGAACUUUGCCAGAGCAAGGAACACCCAUAAUACAGGGUUUUUUUAGUUUUCUUCAUCAGUAACAAUAUAUUCUUAAUGUAUAUUCACAUAUGUAAAGCUGCUUUACACAGAAAAAGUUAAAUAUGUACAUGAAUGUACCCUGAAAAUACACUGCUUUAACUAAAACUUUUUAUGCAAAAUACAUUCACCUAACUUAUUCUAGCAAGGAAAUUGCUUCACCAAAACAUGUAAUUGUACUUGUCUCCUGUUUGAUAAAAGCCAUUCCCCUUCUACAAACUGAGAAGUCUUCAGGUCUUUAUUGACUAGAGGUAUUCUAAAUAUGAAAACAUGCAGCUGCUUCCAUACAAAUGAGAUACUAAAAGCAUCAUCUGGGACAGCUGCAUCUGGUACCUCCUCAAUAAGACAGCAGUGACUUCAGACUGCAUGGCUUUUUUUUAAAAAAAAAUUUAACAGACAGAACAAAUUGGCCACUUAUUUAGAUGAAUCAUCUUAAUAUUGGCCUAAGAUCCUAACUCAAGAUUCCUCACUGAAGUCUGA